CAUUGUUUCAAACAAAGUUUUCAACAGUUGUAAGCACGGCAUUCAAAAUGAAAUUGUCUAUUCUUUUCCUAGUUUUAGUUCUUCAAGUAAUUCUUACAACAGAAUCGAAUGGAGAACAAUCCUUCCAUCCAAGAAAUUUAAAAUCUCGUUCCAAUAGCAAAAAUUAUCAUCAUACUGCUGAAUCCCGUCAACACCAGCUACCUAACACCAAUCAACAUGUUCUGCAUACCAGACACUCGAAAUCACAUCCACUACAAGGUAGACAUGUAGUAGGACACCAUAAAGCAUCAAGUCGUCAUUCCGCAAACCAAAAAAAUACUCAAGAAAAAAACAGCACUAUAGAUAACGAAUAUCUAUGCUACCUUUGUUACAAACAUUACAAAUUUAUUGGCGAUGGAGAGUCAGAUUGGUCAGACGGAAAUAUUGGUGGUAAAAGCGAAGAUAACAAAGACAAAAAGCAAGGAUCUGUCAAUAAUAAUAAUGUAGAUAAAAAAGGCGGAAAAGACGGACAAACUGGUGACAAAUCUGGCAAUGAUAUUGAAAAAGGCGGAGAAAAUGAAACUGAUGGCAAAUUAAAUAAAGAUGAUGGAAAGAAAGGAACUGAAGUGUCUGGCAAGAAAAAAUCUGACGAGGGAAACGGAAAAGGUGGAAGCAACGCAUCAAGUGAUAAAGAAUCUGGCAGUGAAAAUUCAUCAUCAUCGGGCGGCGAAAAUUCAUCAUCGGGUUGGAAUGGUAAUAACGAUAACCCGUUCUUCAUCUUCUUGCAAUAUUUGUGGCCAUACCUUACAAACAGUGCAAGCAAUAUAACGGGAGGUAUGGGCAAUAAUAAUAGCUUCAUACCUGGAUUUGAUCCGGCUAUGUAUCCAGGCAUCAAUUAUGGUGGAAAUAUUUUCGGUGGUAGUAAUGGAACAGGCGAAAGUGGUGGAGGAAAUAGCAACGGUAGCGGAGGAGGCUUCUUUAAUGAUAUUUUCCAAAGAUUCCUUUUCUUUAGUAAUUUAUUCCAAAAACUAUUUGGAAUUAAUAAUGGACUAGGGGGAAGCGGUAUAUCUUUUGGAGAUAAUGGAACUGGUUCAGAAGGAAACAGAUUAAGUCACAUGAUGCAACAAUUAUUUAGUGGUGGUGGACUAUCAGGCGGCCGAGGGAAUAACGUAAUCACUUCAAGUGGAGGUGGAAGUUCUGGAACAGAAAAUAGCGGAUGGCCGUUUUUUUCAAUAGGAUUUCCACAUCAAGAAAGUAGCAAAAACGAUUGAAUAAGAAAACACACGAUUAUGCUGGAUAUACAUAUCUCUUUGUAACCAAAUUCUGUAAAGUUAAAUUAAAAAUAAACCGUAGCAAGAAAA